CUCACCUUACCCCUCUCAUUCUCACCUCAUUCACACACACUUCACCUCAAAAAAACACACAUAAAUCAUAACCAUUAACACGCUAUGAGUCGUCCAUACAGAUUCCUAUCCACCGUAGUUGUCCACUCAUCAUCAACAACGGUGACCGAAUCGCCUGACCGAACCGUGGAAUCCGACUUUGUCAUCAUCCUUGCUGCUUUACUAUGUGCUCUAGUUUGUAUUGUAGGUUUGAUAGCCGUAGCUUACUGCACUUGGCUUCAACGGAGAAUGAUGGCAAAUCGGACGCCUAGACAACCAUCUACUACACCUAACAAAGGAAUCGAAAAGAAGGUCGUAGAGGCGCUCCCGAAGUUCGCAUACGACUCGAAGAAAGAGAAGGGGGUGUACGGAGAGUGUGUGAUAUGUUUGGUGGAGUACGUAGAUGGAGACGAGAUUCGAGUGCUGCCUCAGUGUGGACACGGGUUUCACAUCGGAUGUAUCGAUAAGUGGCUCGGCUCGCACUCGUCGUGCCCGUCGUGUAGACAGAAUGUGGUGAUCGGUAAAUGUAAAACGUGCGGUGAGUUUCCGAGUUAUGCAGCCGGAAGUAUAUCGUUGGUGGUGGAACAUGAAAGUGGGGGUUCUAGUUCAAUGAAUAAAGUAGAAGGAAGUUAAUGGUUAGCAAUGGUCAACGAUUAUUAUUGUUAUUCCGACAAAAUGAAUAUAUGUAAUUCCUAAUUCAGUGGUGGACGAUUGUUAGGUUUUAAAAUUUGUCGGCUGUAUAUAUUAUUUUAUAUGGGUGAUAAAAGUAUAUUGCUUAUUUCAAAAAGACGAGUUAACUUCCGUUUUA